GGGGGGGGGUCUCAGUUUUUGGGAUUGGGGAUCGUCUGUAAGACGCCAUGCCUCUUCCAUGGAAGAAAGCGAAGUCUGGUCGGAUCUCGCGGUUUGUAGCGGACCUCCAGCAAUCGCCCAAACACGGCGGAUCUCUGGUCGUGGAGACAGGUUUCCCGACAUCACUCAUCGAUCUGUUCGUGAAGAACCGCGAUCGCCUCAAGAAACCCCCCUCGAAACGCCGACAAUCCUCCUCCGCUGUCGACCCUCCUCCAUCUCCGCCGCGUCGAUCGUCCCUUCCUCCGCCUCUGACGCGGCGGGGCUCGUUUCCUCCUCCGCUUCCGCCUCCGCCGCCGCGGGAGGAGCCGGCGGAGAGAGAAGCCGUCGCGAGCAGUAAGGUCGAGGAACGUGUAUCCGGAGACAACACACCUGUCGCCGGCGGCGGGUGGGAUCUGAUGUCGGUGGUGAAGGUUUUCGUUGUGUCGGUGCUCGCCUUGAGCACGAAGAAGCUGACGGUUGGGAUCACUCUCUCGGCUCUCGCGCUCCUCUUCCUCGAGUUCGCUGCGCCGCGUUUGUUCACGCGCUUGAAACUCUGUCCGAGCGCGAGGAUUCGUCUGGAUUCCUUCGUCCAGAUGUUUCUGGGGAAACGCGGGAAGGCAGAAACAGUUGCAAUCGAUGGAAAAAAAGCGAUUUCUUGCGAAAUUACAGAAACUUUCGAAGAUUCAAGGGAUUGUACAGAAGGAAUACGAGCUCCUGAAUCGUGUACGAAUACUGUUUGUUGGAAAGAACAAGAAUCAGGGGUAAUUCCGGACAAGAAUUCAAGAGAUUUGUCUGUGGAACCAUCGGUGGAUUCGAAGAGGGCAAAUGUUCCGGUGGAGCAGGAAGUGCAGACGAUUCGAGAUAUAGUGUUUAAGAACGAGCGCAGUAGAAGCUCGAAGCUUAAAUCGAAUAUCGUGAAGAAAAUGGUGCCGAAGAAGUUGAGGAGUUCGAUGAAGAAGAAGAAGUCGAUGAAGAUGAAGGAGAAAGAGGAAGAAGUAGAAGUAGAAGAAGAGAAAGGAGGAGGAGAAGGGUCAUUGACAGAAGUGUCGAGCAUUGUUUCGGAUGAUAAAUCAGAGAGAAUCGGAGGCGAAAUCUCUGAGAGGGACGAUGACGAUUUGAAUCCACAAUUGUGGCAGAGCUAUAGAGAAGUAGAAGAAGAAUCUCCGGAUGGAUCGCCAAAAGGGCACAACAAAACGAAUGUGCUUGUUCUGAUCGUGAUGAUGCUUGUCGGACUGUUAGGAGGAAAGGUUUUAGCCAUCGGUCUGUUUCUGUUGUGGUGUCAGAUCCUGAGAUUUUCAGGCAAAUCUAAAACCCGUUUGAUGAAUGUCUGAAAAAUUUUCAUCCUCUGACCAGAAAGUCUCGGCCUUUAGACUUUCCCAGACUCCGCCGCCUGAGAUUUGCUGUGGACAGUGGUUAUCCGGCGGCGGUUAGGAGAAGGGCGGAGCCUUCGGUGGUCAGCAGUUCGAAACUCACAUGUUUGCUGGUGAAACUGUAAAUUUUACAUGUUUUUUUACAGAGAGAUUAUAUAAAAUGGUUAAAAGGUGUUGUCAUUUGAAAUUUUUGUCCCAAGGUUGGUAACCAAUAUAAUUAUUAUUUUCAUAA